AUGUUAUUAUUUGCCUUUCUAUUUAAUAAAUUUUUACUAUCACAAAAUAUAAAUUGUCAAAAUACCCUUCCUAAUAAAACCCUCAUAAACAAUUACACCCAAAGAAAAACAUUAAAAUCAAGAUGCUUAGCAGAAUUAGAAAAUUCCUACAAUACACAUUGUCAUAAUGAUCCUGAAUUAAAAAAAAUUAUUGACCAAUUGAACCAGGGAGAGUUAAACACAUACCAACAAUCUAAUGAUACAUGUAAUCAAUUACAUGAACUAUUAGAAAAAAAUGAAACAAAAACUAAAAGUAGAAAUAGUGAACAAGUAUUGUCUAAGAUAGAGAAAAAAUUCUUGAAAACUUAUGAAAAAUUUCUUACUGAUAAAAAUCGUAUUAUGAUAAUAUCUGAUAUAUACACCAAUGAAUAUUACAAAUCAAAUGAUAAAAAUAAUAAAUCUUGUGAAUGUGCAAAUAAUAAAAAAUCAUCCAAUAAAUUAUCUUUAUCAAAUAAGGUAAAUGAUAAUUAUUUAGAUAAUUUAAAAACACGUUGUGUUGGAAGUGUGGGUGCCUGUGCCCUUUCCUCUGCAGCUACAGAAUUCGCUGGUAAUGUUGCUGCUGCUUCUGCUGUUAAAUCGUUUAUUCAAGGUGCAAUUUCUAAAACUUUCAUUUCUAAAGUGUACGAAGCUCUGGCUGGUAUAAAUUUAUUAUCUGAAUCUAACAUAGUGAGCGCAACCUCUUCUAUAAGUGCUUUUUCAGCCCCAGAGAGUUUCUUUGCUGCAAGUUUUGCUAAUUCAGCUUUUUUCUCUUAUGGUAUAUCAGCUGUGUUCUUAAUUCUAAUAUCUGUUAUAUUUGUAUUAUUAUAUAUAUGGAUGCGUAAAAGAAGAAAAAGAUCAUGGAAACAUGAAUACAAAAAACAUUUAUGCACAUAA